AGAGAGGAGGCUGAUGGUGAAACCAGAGUUUUAUAAAGGAAUGAUGCUGACCCUGCCUGACUGUGUGUUCUGGAGGAUUCUCCUACUGCUCCACACAGCAAACUGCGUUACUCAUAAAGUCAUUACUCCAGUUCAUCACAUCACUGCUGUGGCUGGUGAAAGUGUAGUUCUGCCGUGCUACGUCGACCCCAGCAUCAGUGCUGAGGGCUGGACAGUGGAGUGGUUGAAACUCUCAGUAGACAGAGACCAACGCAACAUCCAUCUUUACAAAGACGGCAGAGAUGACAAUGAAAAUCAGAAUCCCUCCUUCAAGGCAAGAACAGCUCUGUUUAAAGAGGAACUGAAGACAGGCAACACCUCCUUAAAGCUGCUCUGGGUUAAAGGCACUGAUGAAGGAACUUACAAAUGUUUUGUUUGGUCACGUACCUUGGAAUGGUAUGAUGAUUCCAACAUCACAGUCAGUGUUAAAGCUGUAGGAUCCCAUCCAGUGGUCUCCAUUGAGGGACACAGAGGGGCAGGGAUGGUACUGGUGUGUGAGACACAAGGCUGGUACCCUCAACCAGAGGUGGUGUGGCUGGACAGUGAAGGAGUCUCUCUCUCUGCUGAUCCUCCAGAGACGACCACAGACUCUGUGGGGCUCUACACAAUCAGACUGAGGGUCACUGUUCAGAAGACAUAUAGAAACCUCUUUAACUGUAGAGUUAAACAGAAAUACAUGGAGGGAGAUAAGACGGCAAGGAUUCAUGUUCCUGGUGAGCUGUUCUAUCAAGAUCACUCACGGAAAUGGUCCUUGGCCGGGGUGUUUGGUGUGCUGUUUGGUGUCUCUGUCGUGGGAUUAGCUGUGGCCAUCUGUGUCCUGGUGAAGAGACAUAAAGAAACUGUCAAUUUCAUGAUAGUUAAGCUCGAGGGUGAGAAGGAAACGCUCAUAAAGGAUGCCUGUCAGCUCACACUGGACCCAAACACAGCACACAGAAAACUCUCUCUGUCUGAGGAGAACAGAAAGGUGACAUUUAGGAGACAGGAGCAGCGGCCUCCUGAUCACCCAGAGAGAUUUGAGGUCUGGUCACAGGUGCUGUGUAAAGAGGGUCUGUCUGGGCGCUGUUACUGGGAGGCAGAGUGGAGUGGAGGAGAAGGGGUUACAAUUGCAGUGACAUAUAAAGGAAUCAGCAGGAGAGGAGGGGGUGAUAGGCUUGGAUACAAUAACAAGUCCUGGGGUCUGGAGUGUGGUAAUAACAGUUACUCUGCCGUGCACAAUAAUAAGAGAACUGUCGUAUGCCUCCCCUCCAGCUCCCACAGAGUAGGAGUGUAUCUGGACUGGCCGGCCGGCACUCUGUCCUUCUACGGAGUCUCCUCUGACACACUGACCCACCUGCACACAUGCCACAGCACAUUCACUGAGCCCCUUUAUCCUGGGUUCAGGGUUUGGUCUGACUCCUCAGUGUCCCUGUGUCAGGUAGAAUAGCCCACACUAACUUUCACACACUGUGCUCACAUCGAUGUCAUUGAAGAUUGAACUGUAUAUAGUUGUAAUUGAUAUCCCAGAGUGUUUGCAAAUAUUGGUGUGUGUAAAAUGUUUGCUUUGCUUUCAUUGUUGACAAACAACAAUCCUGUCUUUGAUCUCAGUUCAACUGAAUGUGAUCAACGAAAUUGUGUCUUACUGACUAAAUAAGGAGAAAUACAUUAUACAUACAAAUAUAUAUAUGUAUGUAUAUUGUAACACACAAUGACACAAAAUAUAAAUUGUGUGUCAAGCGUGAUCAUCUCUCUCACCCCACCCUCCCUCCCUACCUCCUCUCUCUCUGAGUCAACCUUGUGUCUUGCCUCUCUAACAUUACACAUUUGUGGUUGAGAUUGAGGGACUGCAAAAGCAUAGCAAAUAGAAUAGAACUUCACUUUUCCAGAACUUUGUGGUGUCAGACACAUUCAAAAUGUAGUAUGCACACAGAUAUGUUCAGUAUUUACAGGUAUAUGAAAUAUGAUCUGAUCCACUGACAUCUGAUCAAUGUUUUUGAGUCAUGUCCAAUACUCCAGUUCAUCCUAGUAUGCCCAUCCACACCAAAGGAAGCAUCCUCAUGCACCCCAUCCAUCCACCAUAGAGGUUCACCACCAGCAGCAGAAGAAAAG